UAUACACUGAGUCAGGCUCAAAGUACCCAUGCAUUGUGUCAAUCCCCCAGAGAACAACUUCAAGCAUGAAUCUUAAGCUGUGGCUGCUGCUCCUCUUUCUCUGUGCUGUCAUUGUUCCUGCACAGUUAAGGAAGGACAAACAUAAUGAACAUGAUAGAAAUGGGAAACAUGAUAAACAUGAGAGGCAUGGUGAACAUGGUCAUGAGAGGCAUGGUGAACAUGGUCAUGGGAGGCAUGGUAAAGAUGAAAAGAAACAAAAAGGAAGAGUGAAGGAUCUGAUUGCAGAGUCUGAUGUGUCUGAUGACUCGUCAGAUGAUGAUGAUGAUCCAAAUGAUUGGCUCUUUGAACUUCAGGAUGUCAGAGGAAAAUGCACCCCAAACCCAUGCCUGAAUGGUGGGGAUUGUGAAGAAAAGAGAAAUACAUUUAAAUGCCAUUGCUCCAAGAAGUUCAGUGGCAGAAUAUGCCAGAGAAGCAAAAGGGUUUGUAUGAGAGGAACCUGUGGGAAAGGACUGUGUCUUCUGACCAAAAAUCCUCCCUACUAUGCAUGCAAGUGUAUUCCACCAUUCCUGCCACCAAACUGCGAAAUACCUUCUCCGUGUACUCCAAACCCCUGUGAAAAUAAUGGCAAAUGUGUUAAGGACGAGGAUGAUUUUGACUGUAUCUGCAAAAACGGUUUUAAGGGAAAAUACUGUAAAGUUGACCCGAAUGACUGCUAUGAGGGGGAUGGAGAGUCAUACAGAGGGAAGGUUUCAGAGACAGAAGAAAGGGAUGAGUGUCUUGACUGGAAUUCUGAGUUUGUUCUGGAUAUGAGAUCCUUUCCUUCUAACGCAUUUGCAUCUUCAACAGGUCUAGGACCACAUAACUAUUGCAGAAACCCUGAUGGAGAUAAGAAGCCAUGGUGCUUUAUAAAGAGGAACAAGAGACUCAGAUGGGAUUAUUGUGUUGUCAGAAAAUGUCCCCCGCCGGCAACAACUACUGCAAAAAUGAGCAUCACCACCGCUAAACCUCAACUCAUUACAGCUGAACCUCCAGGGAGUACUACACCAAAAGUAACUCCUACAAAACCCUCACUGCCUGAGACAGCUAACACUUCCCAACAUUUCGCAUCUGAAAUUGUCCCCACCAAUUCUGAGGCCUUUACAACCCCAGAGAGUACUACUUCAACCAAAGGAAUCCUGUCUCCCCAACUAACCAUUUCACCUCACAAUGCUACUUCAUUAACCAGGGAUUUUGCUACAUGUGGUAAACCUCAGACAAAGAAACAACAAAACCGGAUUUAUGGGGGUCUUAAAGCAAUUCCUGGAUCCCAUCCAUGGCAAGCAUCAUUGCAGGUCAAACCUAAAGGGUCCACCCAGGUUUAUAGUCACAUCUGUGGGGGCACUCUUAUCAAGUCUUGUUGGGUGCUGACUGCGGCUCACUGUAUUGGUAGAAACCAAGAUUACCGUGUUGUUUUGGGAGGAGUAAAUCUGGGGGGAAAUGAGCCAGCAGACCAGACUCUGCAGGUGGAGAAAACCAUUGUCCACGAGAAAUUCAAGGAAACCCCAAACGUUGUCUACAAUGAUAUUGCUCUGUUAAAGCUGAAAGCUACUAAAGGAGAAUGUGCUAAGGAAACUCAGUUUGUGAAGACAGCCUGCUUGACUAAAGAACCUUUUGAAGAUGGAAAAGAAUGCAGCAUCUCUGGAUGGGGAGCCACAGAAUUAUCAGACUAUGGUUCCCUCCAUUUACUUGAUGCACAGGUUUUGCUGAUCUCUCAGGAAGCUUGUUCAAGCAAUAAAGCUUAUGCAGCUCUGUUGGAUGAUGGCAUGUUUUGUGCUGGGUAUCUCAAGGGAGGAGUAGACUCCUGUCAGGGUGACUCUGGUGGGGCUCUCACCUGUGAGAGGAAUCAAACACAUUACGUCUAUGGUAUUGUGAGCUGGGGAGACAGCUGUGGGAAGAAGGGCAAGCCUGGCGUCUACACCCGAGUCCUUAAAUAUAUGGACUGGAUCAAUAAAAAAACUGCUGAGGGGGCAUAGCAUGUCUAUAAAAGAUUAACCACAGCCACAGUGUUUGUUGUAUACACUGAUCACUGAGGGUCAUGCUUUGCACACACAUUUUGAAUUGUUGAGUUUAAGAUGAAUCUUUUGGUGCAAUAAAAACUUGUGUCAUCA